AUGAAAACUUUACUUGAAUCUACUAAUAUACAAAUUCUUCCUCAACAUCGCUUAAAAGUUCCAAAAACAAGUCUGAUUCCAGCUAUUUUCUUCUAUAAUGGAAGUUUUACACCAAUUCAUGCAGGUCAUCUGAAUGUCCUGGAAGAUGCAAAACUUUAUAUUGAUAAUCUCGGAACGCAUGAAUUUCUAGCUGCAUAUAUAUCUCCAUCACAUUCUGGAUAUAUUGCAAAGAAAUUAAAAGCAGAAGAGUUGAUUGGAGCUGGACAUCGUCUAUCAAUGAUUUAUCUUGCAAUUGAGAAUAUCGAUUGGGUUAUGAUAGAUUUAUUUGAAAUAUUUCAACCAUGCAAAACUAAAUUAAGUAUUACAAUGGAAGCAUUUCUUUCACGUGUUCAUUCACAACUUCCUCAUGGAAAAAGCAUUGAUGUAUUUUGGUUAAAAGGAGAAGAUGCACUUUUUCAUACUAGAUCACCUGACAAUUUGAUUCAAUUGGGAUUUCAUACAAUAUAUGUUCUCAAUCGAGGAUGUAAUGAGGACAUAAUUAAUAAUAAUGAUGAACUUAAAUCUAUUGAAGAUUAUUAUGAAAAACGUUGGCGAGAAAUACGAGCUUCAUCAUCUUUUCCAGAAAAGUAUAGUUGUUAG